AUGUCAAUUGACCAAGGAAAUUCAGAUACUUCAAAUACAAAUAUUAUCAGCGGCCCUUGCAAGGCGCCGUUAGCGCCCCCGCCGCGGCUCCGCUCGCCCUGCUCCGCCGUCGGAGGCAGCCCUCUUCUCCGCCAGGGCUCCCAGGGGAACGGCGUGCAGCGGCAGAGGCGGCUGGCGGCCAACGCUCGCGAGCGGCGCCGGAUGCACGGGCUGAACCACGCUUUCGACCAGCUGCGCAACGUCAUCCCUUCCUUUAACAACGACAAGAAACUCUCCAAGUACGAGACGCUGCAGAUGGCGCAGAUCUACAUCAGCGCCUUAGCCGAGCUCCUGCAUAGCCCGCUGCCGCCCGAGAGCGCCCCCUGCGGCAAGGGCCCUUCUCUGCCGCCCGCCGCCCAGACCUACGAGCGCGCGCCUUGCACCCCUCCAGGAGGGGGCGCGCUGCAGGCCCAAGCCCGGGCCCAGGUGGCGGCCCACGGCAGGACGCGUUUUCCCUUAGAGUCGCCGGGGGCUGCGGGGCCAGGAGGGGUCUACGCGGUGCAGCCAGAGCCGCUGCAUUUCCCCUCCUUCACGGACGGCGCCCUUCUGGGGCAAAAAGCCCCCUCGCCGGGCCAGCUUCUCCAGCCGGCUGGCCAGCAGCCGCAAGAGCGAAGAAAAACCUCGCCGCCGGCCCACCGCAGCGACGGCGAGUUCUCGCCUCGGUCGCAUUACAGUGACUCGGACGAGGCCAGCUAG